UUUAUAAUAUUUAAAAAUGGAAAUAACAAGACUUGUGCAAAUAUCCAUCGAAAAGUGAUCAUGGAUACACCAACAGAGGCAAAGUCAGCCGAGAAGGUGGCAGAGAGCUGCGAUGCUGUUGAUAACGGCAGCCAAACGGACCUGGCGCCUAAUGAAGAGCCAGCUGACACUCCGAUUAUAAAGGUAGAAGAGAACUCUGGAUCGGAUGACAGUUCUUCAGACAGUAGUGAUGAUGGCAGCAGCAGCAGCAGCAGCAGUGAUAGCGAAAGUGACAGCAGCUCAUCGGACAGUAGUUCCGAGGAUGAUAAGGACGGUGAUGACUUGAAGCUAUCUGGAGGCUCAUCUGACGAGGGAGAAGCGGAAAAGAAACCCCUGCUUUCUGAGAUAAAGGCCGAGGAGGCAGAAGAUGACACUAAUGCGGCAUCCAAUCCAGCAUCACCUUUGACCCACAGACGUAUUGUUGAGCUUCCAACAGUGGAGCUGAGUGCUGAUGCGGUUUUAGCCUUGGUCGGAGUAGUUUCUUUCAUCUUACCGGAGGAAGGAGUCGCUGUGGUAAAGUCGGAGAAAAACAACUUAGUGCUUAACACAGGUACAGUACUUUUCAACAAGGAACGUGCUGUCGUUGGAGCAGUAUGUGAGCCUAUUGGCCGUGUACUGGAGCCAUCCUACACCAUCGAAUUCAACUCUGUGGAUGAAGCCAGCGGACUGGGACUGGUGUUGGACGCUGAAGUAUUUUAUGCUGCGUAUGAACCCUGCACCAAUCCUGUGUUUCCGGCCCAGUUGACUAACCUUAUGAAUGAAAAGGGAUCGGAUGCAUCCUGGAAAGAUGAUGCGGAGGUACCUGCCGAGAUGGCCGACUACUCAGAUGAUGACCAGGAGCGGGAUUCCAAAUCCAAGAAUAAGCGCAAGAGGCAUGAGGCCGGCGAGAAUGGCGGUGACGAGGAUGAUGAAGAAGACAAUGGGGAUACUCCCCAAACCGAUGUGCGAGGAGGGGACGUAGCUUCAGGCCCCAAGCGGGCAUCGAGAGGCCGUGGUGCAUCACGAACUGGUGGCAGAGGCGGUGGCAAAGGACGUGGCAGAGGUAGAGGAAGAGGAGGAGCUGACAAACGAAGCCAGCAGUAUGGCCAUGGACCCCCAUUUCCACACCAUGGCUUUGGCCCGCCGUUUGAUGGUCCUCCUGGAUUUCCACCGCCACCAUUCGGUCCACCUGGAAUGGGACCUCCCCAUGGGCCUCCUCCCUUUGGGCCACCUCCCCCUCGUGACUUUCACGGAAUGGGGCCACCUCCUCCACCAGGCUUUCCAGGAAUGGGGCCGCCUCCCCCAUUUGGCAUGGGCUUUCCUCCCCCUCCUCCUCCUCAUCUUCUUCCUCCUCCCCCUGGUUAUCAGGAUAUGGGACCUCCUCCCCCGCAUGGCCCUCCUGCAAUGGGACCACCCCCUCAUGCCGGUGGGCCCCCUGGGAUGAUGAGACCUCCUCGUCCACAUGGACCUCCUGGACUAGGGCGUGGGCGUGGCCGAGGUCAUUCACCAUCGCUCAUGCCGACACCAUUCCACCAGGGUCCAGCUGCAGCUUUUGGAGGACACGGGACCCCUCAGAAUGGAAACUCAUCGCCGUCGCAUUCUGCCUUCAAGCAAGAGCAGGUCAGCGAGCAUCCUCCAGCGCCAGGCAGUGUGGAGGGUGUCAGGGUCAAGCAGGAAGCGUUCGACCCGGAAUGUCCAGCUGGAUUUGGUGCUAGUUGGUGACGUCUGCAUCACCCCGCCACUUCACACAUUGUGACGUAGGCCAGUGCAUGGGGGAGAUGAUGUCUUCGGGUGAAUCCGAAUUGUCACCAUUGCAUUCUGCUUGAUUGCUUGGCAUGCCCUAGGCGAAAAUCAUGCAGAGUCACUGACGUAUUCAUUGCAGGCAUUCUACUGUUGUCUGUGUUGAUCAUGCGAUAAUGUUCGAAACACGAACAUAACAUGAUGUCUUUGAUGAUACUCGAGCUCCGAGCUCCCAUUUACUCUGUAUUAUAUGGAGUAUGUAAUGUACGAGAUUCACAGGCAGGCACGCCACAUGUUUUGCUCAGAACUGAUCAUGACCGUGUACUCUGUAUGAUACGACGUUGUUUCUUUACCUCGAAUUGAUAUGACUUUUUAUUAGACUUUGGCUUCUUUCAAGAAGUACUGCAGUUCUUACUGAAGUAUACAGUGCUUCGGUUGUUCAAACUAAUAAGUAAUUUCCCCGGCCAGAACA